GGACCACUCGUACCACUCGAACCAAUCGAACCCAUCGGACCACUCGGACCAUUCGAACCCAUCGGACCACAUGAACCAUUCGAACCAUUCGAACCCAUCGGACCACUCGGACCAUUCGAACCAUUUGGGUCACUUGGAGCACUUGCUUCCGACGUACUCGACAGCCGUCCCGACGCAACCCUCCUCAAACGGACUCGGUUGAUUCGGCUCGAGCUUGGCUGCGUCAAUUGCCCGUCCGGCCUGCUUUUGCCCAUUCGGCCCGUCUUCUUGCCUCUCGUCAUCUCAUCGCGCCUCGAUCGUGUUGUCGUUACCUUCUCGUUUUCGUCGGCAGAGGAGCAUGUCUGUCUCUUUUAUCUCUUUCCGCAUUACUCAAUUGUCCAAUUAAUAUUAAAAUGUCCCUUUUUCCAUAUCGAUUUCUUCGUCUAUCCAUCUCUCUUCUCUCGUCUGGCCGUCUUUCCUGACAUACACACACCACUUUGCCCAUCGCCACUCUUUCUGUUCGCAUGUUCGUCCGUCAGCCUUCAGCCUUCAGCCUUCAGCCUUCAGCCUGACUACUGCCCAGCUGAUCGGCUCUUACGCCACGUACAGCAUUCUGGCCUGUCUCCUUCUCGUCUUGACACCACUCCUGCGGCGACGAUAGAUUCCGCUUUUGCUCAAUCAAGUCACUCUCUCUGCUUUGGCAUUCACCCUAGCGUUGCAUCUAUUUACCUGCGUAUGUGUUUGUGUUCGUAUGUGCAAAUUGGUAUCUGCUGCAAAUCGAUUUGCUGUAUCGCUUAUUCGGCUUUGCUCCCGUUCAACUUUGAUAGGCGUCGUGAUGGUGUCGUGUUCAACCGCGGCCAUUUCAAAGAGGUGUGA